UUGUAAAUUUCUUUUCAUCGUCUUCACCUCAAAACCCCACUGAAUAGAAAAAAACCCUCCGCCGCGAAGGAGCUCUGCGCAGAAGAAAUCAUGUCGUCGACGCUGCUGGAGGUGACGCGUGCCUCGCACGAGGAGGUGGAGCGUCUCGAGCGGCUCGUCGUCAAGGAUCUCCAGACCGAGCCGCCGACCAACAGGGACCGCCUCUACCAGAGCCACCGAGUUCGCAACAUGAUUGAGCAAAUUAUGGACACCUCUAACAAACUCGUCGAGAUUUAUGAGGACAGAGACAAUGCGAGGAAGGAUGAGAUUGCAGCUCUUGGUGGACAGAGUUCGACGUCGGCGAAUGUUAACGUAUUUAGUGCAUUUUACGAUAGAUUAAAAGAGAUAAGGGAGUACCAUAGGCGGCAUCCAGCUGCGCGAUAUGUUGACACUACUGAUGAGUAUGAACAUCUUCUCAAGGAGGAGCCGGUCAUUGAGUUCACUGGGGAGGAAGCCUUUGGACGGUACCUUGAUUUACAUGAACUAUAUAAUGAGUACAUCAACUCCAAGUUUGGGCAGCAAAUUGAGUACUCUGCUUAUCUUGAUGUAUUUUCAGAUACAGGGAAGAUGUCAAGCAAAUUGAAGUUGACCAGACAAUACCGGGAUUAUAUGCAGAAACUUCUGGAAUAUCUUAUAUACUUUUUUGAGCGGACAGAACCUUUGCAAGAUCUUGGGAGAAUAUUUUCAAAGGUUGUUACUGAAUUUGAAGAGCUAUGGACUAGCGGACUGAUUCAAGGAUGGCAGAGUGAGAAUCAUGAAAAUGGGAAUAUCAAACAGCACGAGGCAUUGAUUGAUCUUGAUUAUUACAGUACAGUUGAACAACUAAUGGAAGUAGGACCUGAGAAGUUAAAGGAGGCAUUGUCUGCUCUUGGUCUGAAGACAGGUGGUACGUUACAGCAGCGUGCAGAAAGGCUUUUUCUUACAAAGCAUACACCACUUGACAAAUUGGAUCGGAAACAUUUCGCCAAAGGCUCACGCAAACAUGAACAAAAUGGUGGCGGUGUGGCUCAGCAACCAAGUGAAGAUGCGAAAGAGAUUGCGUUGAUGGAAGCAAAGAUGAAAAAAAUGUGUGACCUGUUGCAUGAGACGAUUGUGCGGACUAAAGAAAAUAUUGAGAAGAAACAUGCAUUGACUUAUGAUGAAAUCGUACAAGAACGUGAAGAGGAUGAAGCACAACCCGAGUCUGAGAGUGACGAUGAAGAUCAACAGAUUUACAAUCCCUUGAAGUUGCCCAUGGGAUGGGACGGAAAGCCAAUACCCUACUGGUUGUAUAAGCUUCAUGGGCUUGGUCAGGAGUUCAAAUGUGAGAUAUGUGGGAACCAUAGUUACUGGGGUCGCAGAGCCUAUGAACGCCACUUCAAGGAAUGGAGGCACCAACACGGGAUGCGAUGUCUAGGAAUCCCUAACACCAAGAACUUUAAUGAGAUAACAUCAAUCGAGGAAGCAAAACACCUUUGGGAGAGAAUACAAGAAAAGCAAGGCCUUAAUAAAUGGCGCCCGGAUCUUGAAGAGGAAUACGAAGAUCAUGAGGGCAAUAUUUACAACAAGAAGACAUAUACAGAUCUGCAACGUCAGGGUUUGAUAUGAGCAAACUACCAAAUGCGGCUUUUGGAGUUUAUCUAUGGUUCUCACACAACUACAUCUCAGCAGAACCGUCCAAGAUUCUUUGGCUUCCCUUCUUUUGGAUAAAAGUUUUAUCAUAUUGAUUGGAAGCGACCCUAACUACUUGUGUGUAGAGGCUAUCUUGCUGUAUUAUUGUUUUUUCUUAGCAUGGAUUAGAAUGACGCAGGUCAUGUAUGUAGCAUGUAAUUUUGCUAAUGAAAUUUUGUUAUUUUGUUUCA